CCACACCUCCUUUAAUGCUCCCUCCCACUCUCCCACUCUCCCACUCUCUUAUACGCGCAAACACAUACACUAUCCUUUCAUCCCCGUACACAUGAAUUGUGGGAUGCGUGUCCCAUAUCUUUCUCCCCUCUUCAUCUCAUCUUUUUCGAUACAGCAUGUAUAUGUGUGUCAAGGGACUGUUCCUGUCCGGAAUAAUACUCGGCAGACGGCGAGCCGCAAUUGUGCUAAAAGAAGCAAAAGACGGCGCACUGUACUUGGUGUAUUUCUUCGUCCGUAAGGGCGAACGGUGAUAUGCUGCUUUGGUUUGUAUUCUGUGCUUGGGGGGACGGGCGGGAGGUAUUCCUAUUUCUCCCUGUGUUGCAUUACGCCGUCCUGUACCUGGGAAGAAAAAAAAGAGUCAAGAGAACGGGCCACCCAGCCUCCUCCAUCUCCAUCCCACCAACCCGCACACAUAUACCCCUUGUGCUCUGCCCAGCUUUCUCCUGCCUAUCAACCUUACCGCUGCUUUGUUUCGUUUUGUUUCGUUCUUGCUUUGUUUUGCAUUGAAUUGUAUUCAAUGGGCCACCGUAGUCUAACACUGCCCAUUACCAAAAUAUCACUUUUGUUGCUUCACACAUGCCACAGCACAGCUUGUCUUGCUUGUGCCUGCUUGGGGUGACAAGCAAGCGAUACACAAAAUGCAAUGCAAUGCAAUGCAAGUAUAAAUCCUAACCUAACCCGCCUCUUCUCCCUCUCUUUCUCUCUUCUUCCCCGUAGUAGCCCACUGUCGUUUCGUUCAUCCUCGAAUUUGAUCUGACGCCCGUUUCAUGGACUAUAGUCUGUCCAUUCU